GGGACACAAGCCUUUCAACUGGAAAAUCGGCAACCCUAGUGAUCUCUUCCCUCUCUUUUAUUUCCGAAUAUUUCGAAUCACGUGUGCGUGUGUGUGGGGGGAAAGAGAGAGAGACGGAGUCUCCCUCCCUCUGAGUUUUGUUGUCCGUGCAUCAGCAGCCACCUCCUCCUUUCCCUCUUCACGCCCAAGCGACACCGAAGUGCUUCUUCAUAAAGCUUUGUGAAGAUGGUCAGGAUCAGUGUACUGAAUGACGCUCUAAAGAGCAUGUACAAUGCUGAAAAAAGAGGAAAACGACAGGUCUUGAUUCGUCCCUCAUCGAAAGUUAUCAUCAAGUUUCUUUUGGUGAUGCAGAAACAUGGUUACAUUGGAGAAUUUGAAGUUGUUGAUGACCAUAGAGCAAACAAAAUUGUGGUUGAGUUGAACGGUAGGAUGAACAAGUGUGGAGUAAUUAGCCCUCGAUUUGAUAUUGGAGUUAAGGAGAUUGAGUCAUGGACUGCCCGUCUACUUCCUUCAAGACAGUUUGGUUACAUUGUCUUAACUACAUCUGCUGGCAUCAUGGACCAUGAAGAAGCCAGGAGGAAGAAUGCUAUUUCUGGGGAGCCAAAGAAGGCCUUACCUUGUUCCUGAAUCUUUUCUGAAACCACCAUUUCAAUCUUGCUACCAGACCAGCAGGGGGCCACUUUAUUCAUGUCGCAUUGCUGGUCAAUCUUCCGCCAAAUUCUGGAGCAGCCCUGAGAAAAGUACUAACCAGUUUUCUC